GAGCGAGAUAAAGGUUGGGUGUCCCGCGCCGGCGCCUGUUGGGAGGGAGGAACGGGGGCCCCUCCCCCCCCGGGCCCGCCGCCCUCUUCCCAUUACCUUUCCGUUGCAGCGAAGCGCGGGGAGGGGGAAAAAGCGGCCAGGUUAAAUCUGGAACAAUGGUGGGAGCUCAGCAGCUAGAGAUGCAGGCCGCAGCAGUGCCAGCAGCAGCGCCAGCUGGUGCGGGCCCUGGUGGCAGCAGUGGCGAUCACCAGUACGAGUGCCUGGAAUGUGGCAAGGUGUUUAAGUGGUCAUCACGGCUCAUCCACCACCAGCGAACUCACACGGGUGAGCGCCCUUACAAGUGCUCAGAGUGCCCCAAGGCCUUCAAAGGAUCCUCGGCUUUGCUGUACCACCAACGAGGACACACGGGGGAGCGGCCCUAUAAGUGUGGCGAAUGCGGCAAGGCGUUCAAACGGUCCUCCUUGCUUCAGAUCCACCAGAGUGUGCAUACGGGCCUGCGGGCCUUCAAAUGUGCCCAGUGUGGCCUGGCUUUCAAAUGGUCCUCCCAUUACCAGUACCAUUUGCGCCAGCACACAGGGGAACGGCCUUAUCCAUGCCCAGCCUGCGACAAAGCCUUCAAAAACUCCUCUAGCCUACGGCGGCAUCGCCACACGCAUACAGGCGAGCGCCCUUACGUCUGCCCUGUCUGUAGCAAGGCCUUCGCACAGUCCACUAAUCUCCGGCAGCACCAGCGGGUGCACACAGGUGAGAGGCCCUACCGGUGCCAAGACUGUGGAAAGGCCUUCACGCACUCAUCAAACUUGGCACUGCACUGCAGAUCCGCACAUGCUGCCCGGCCUGCCCACACCUGUGUUAUCUGUGGCAAGGCCUUUGCAUCAGAUAUCUAUUUGCAGCAUCACCUGGAGACUCAUGCGGAUGUCGCGCCCCCGGCCCAACUCUUCCUAGAGGAACCAACCACUACUGUAGAAAUGCUGUUUCGAUGCAGCCUCUGCCAUCUCACCUUCCCUCUGGAGGAGCAGCUUCUGAGCCACCAGGAAACCCAUUUGGCCCCAGUGGACCCUUUGCCUCUACCACCACCACCGUCAUUGUCAACACCACCCUUACCACCAGCCUCUGUGCAGGAGGCGGCAGCCCCUGUGGCAUCCCCCAUAGCCUCACUAGCUUGCUCUGUGUGUGGCAAGACUUUCAAGAGCGCAGCCGGAUUAGCACGGCACCAGCAGAGUCAGCAUUCUUCUGAUCGCACAUAUACUUGCAUGGUGUGUGAACGUUCCUUCCCAGCUUUGGCUAGCCUCUUGGGCCACCAACGUUCACAUCCCCCUGCAGAGCAACGGCUGGAGGAAGCCGAGGUGACAUGCCCAGCUCAAGCUGAACCAGUACCCACAGCGACUGUGACACCAGCCCCACCCCCUGAGCGACCUUAUGUUUGUGGAGAGUGUGGGAAAGCCUUCAAGGGAUCAUCUGGGUUGCGCUACCACUUACGUGACCAUACGGGAGAGCGUCCCUAUGCUUGCGGCGAGUGCGGGAAGGCCUUCAAGCGCUCAUCUCUGCUGCGCAUCCACCAGCGGGUUCACACAGGGCUGCGGGCUUUCACCUGCCCCACCUGUGGGAUGGCGUUUAAGUGGGCUUCUCAUUACCAGUACCACCUGCGCCAGCAUACUGGUGAACGCCCAUAUGUCUGCCAGGAUUGUGGGAAAGCCUUUAAGAACACCUCAUGCCUUCGUCGGCACCAGCAGCUACACACAGGUGAGCGCCCCUUUGCCUGCCAAACGUGUGGUAAAGCAUUCACCCAGACAUCCAAUCUCCGGCAGCACCAGCGGGUGCAUACAGGUGAGAGACCUUACUGUUGCCGGGAUUGUGGCAAGGCCUUUACCCACUCUUCCAACCUGGCGCUGCACAGGCGCACCCAUUCUCGAGAGCGCCCCUUUCAGUGCCCAGUUUGCUCCAAGGCAUUUGUCAUGGCUUCUUAUUUACAGCGCCAUUUGCGUACACACAACAGCUCUGAGGCAGCUAGUCGCCCAGCUGCUGCCUCACCUGCCGCUACUCAGGAGGUGCAAAUCAUGCCCAACCUGCAAGCCACACUGAAUGUGGAGUUAAGCAGCAACCCAGCCCCAGCUAGUUCUUCCAACACUCAGAGUUUCCUGUUAGUGCAGACAGCUCAGGGCUUGCAAUUAAUCCCCAGUGUGCAGCAGCAACAGCCACCGCCACCCCAGAAUUCAUCUCCCAAGCUCAUCCUGCUUCCUAGUCCACAGGUGGUAUCUACAACGCCUGCUGCUCCAACCACCUUUACGCUCUUGCCAAGUGCUCCAACCAUCUCUGCAAAAUCAGUUCCACGCCGUCAAAGUAGGGGCAAAAAAUCUGUGCCACCGCCUCAUCUACCACCACCAGUGCCUGGGAAGCAGAAUAUCAUUCUUGUGCCCACUGCCCCUGCACCCAACCUGCAAUCUUUUCCUAAUGUGCAAAUCCAAAAAACUCCAGGGUUGCAGGAUUGUGGACAAAACGUUUUUGUCCUCCAAAGCUUGCUAGAACAGCUAACGGGCACACUUCAGAUCCAAACUAUGGCAACCACUUCACCAGCAGGCACUAUCCAGAUUCAAGCACUGCCCCAGCCCCAGUCACUCCAGGGCCUUCCUAUUGCUCAGCUAGGUGGCACCCUGCAAAUCCAGGCCAUGCCUGACUCGCAACAGACUGGCACAAUCCAAAUUCAGGCCAUCCCACAUACCCAACAGCCUGGCUUUGUGCAAAUCCAGAGCCUGCCACUUGCUCCAAGUACUGUCCACAUCCAAAGUUUGCCCAGUUCACAGCCAGCAGGCACAGUGCAGAUCCAGAGCUUGUCCAGCUGUACCCCAGCUGGCACACUACAAUUCCAGACAUUUCAGCCUUCCCCUAAGAUGAACACUGUGCAGUUCCAGGCUGUGCCAUCUUCCCAGCAGGUAGGGACCUUACAACUUCAAACCCUCCAGCCUUCUCAGCAGGUGGGCCCUCUUCACAUCCAGACCAUACCAUCACCCCAGCAGGCUAAUACCCUGCAGAUCCAGAAUCUAUCUCCUUCAAAUCAGUCUACAAAUGACAUUGAAAUUCAGGGUUUCUCGCCUUCCCAGCAACUAGAUGGUACGAUUCAAAUCCGAAGCUUGCUGUCUUCCCAAGAAACUCGGCAGCUGCAGCCUUCAGAAGGGAUGGAUAGCAUCCAACUCCAGAACUUGGGCCCACCUCAGGAGAUAAAUGAAGUGGGGACUACUCUGUCCAGCUCUCAUGAACUGUCUGAAGUGGACCUUCAACCAGGACCCACCUUGUGGGUGCAGAACUCUCCGGGAGAGAGAAUGGUGCAGAACUCUCCGGGAGAGGAGUUGUUAGGACCAGGGGCUGAAAUUGAGGGGCUUGAGGGUGUACAGGACAUGCACUUUGAGACGGUGCAGACAGAGGAAGGGCUUCAAAAGAUAUUGGUGCUGAGGGGUGCAGAUGGGGAGCAGACCCGGCUGUGUGUGCAGGAAGUGGAGGACAUCCAGACUGUACAGGAACUGCCUGACCUUCAGGUGCAGGGUCCUGAGAGUAACUCGGGGUCUGGGCAGAACCUUCUCAUCAUUCGCAGUGCUCAGGGAGAACAGACUCUUCAAGUGUUAGAGAGUGUCCCCACACUGCAGGUGAGCAGUCCGGACAGCACACAGCCUUCCCUUGACAACAACAGCACUUCCCAAAUGGUGCAGCUUCUGCAGAAUCCAGUGACAUCUCAAGGCCUGCCCUCCAUUCAGAUAGUGCAGGCGGUGCCCAGCAUGCAGCUUGUUCACACAUUCUGAAAACGAGUGUGUCUCUGCAUGCUUUGUGCUGGUGCAUCAGCUCUCGCAAGUAAACAAAGAGGAGCAGAUCCGGUCUACCAGUUGCUAAAACCAGUGCUGGUCAGGGUGGAUUUUCUCUAGGCAAUGGAUGGGAUUUGAAGUCUCUCCCAGUGAGCUUGGUUUGGGUUCUUCUCAGUGAAGUCUUUCUCCGUAAAAGCAUGCUCAUUGCUCUUCCCCUCACUGCUCAUGGGUACGCUGCUGCUUCUUACUGCCCUUGCAGUCACAGUGGUACCCUCUACCCAAGCACUUGUAUACCCCUAUACUGCAUGAAAGAAAUAUAAUCUGAUGAGCCCGCUAUCUGUCACAGAUCCACCCCUGCUCCCCUGUGCUUAAAAUAUUUUGUUCUGCAAAGAUAUAAAUGUACAUGCAAUAUAAUGGUUUAGACAGCCAAGACUUUCAUGUUUCUUGCCACAUAAAACGGAAAAUGUGAUCCGUGGGUAGCAACUGCAUUUCUGGCUUCUCUCACGUUUCCUUUCCAUGUUACAGCAUCAGAUCAGAAUCCUCUGGAACGGUGUAAACUCCUUUUAUGUAACAGAACAAUGGAACAAUGGAUCAGUUUUUUGGGGGAAGGGGUCUUCCAUGGGGUCUGGAUGCUGUGAGGGGCAGUUGCAUAAAUUUGUCUCAGGCUCCAUUUCCCAGUCAUACUGUCGUUUCCACUUAGGUCCUUCUUGUCUGUUCUUCCCCAUUUCAGCCCCACCUUCACCAUAUGCAGAACCACUUUUCUGAGUGGACCCCAGUUUCUGGUGCUAACAAACACAAGCAGGCCACAGACUCUUGCCCAAGAAAAAAAAAUUAAAAGGCUGAUUUGAAGUA